CAACUAAAUUACAAUUUCAGUCUAAUUAUGAGUUUCAAAGUCCAAAUAAUAUUAAUUUUAGUUUUUUAUAAAAAAGUCUCAUCGAAUGAUUUCACGCGUUUAAGUCAAUUACCAAAAGUUCCACCGAAUUUAUCACUUUACAGAUACGAAGGAAAUUUCUAUCCUGUUUACACUGCAAACAAAAUAAAUUCAAAUAAUAUAGGACUUGAAAAAGAAGAAAAAACUACUAAACCUAUUCGAUUUACAAGAUAUCUUAAUCCAGUUCAUCUAAGUCAUCAAAUUUAUCAUCAUCCAAAUCCCCAUCAUGCAAACCAACAGGCUUUAAGUAAUAGUUAUGAUGAUGAUGCAACAGGUAGUGAAUAUCAAGUGGCAAUGAAAGUGCAACCUUUGCAACAAGUUAUUUCAAGUGGAAAGCAACCACCACAAAACAUAGAAGAAAGUGGUAAGUCUCAUCAGGCUAAGAGACAACUAAAAAUAGAUAUCAUGUCACCGGAGAAGAUGCAAUCACUUCGUAAUGGCCAAAAUGGUUUUUAUAAUAAUCAUCAUCAUGAUAAAAAUAAUGACUUACGGAUGGUGAUUGUCCCGAAUAAAAUGGACACUGUUAGCCGACAUUAUCAUGACAUUUUUGUGAAGUAUAAAUCACCACAGGAAUUGGUUUUUGGUCAUGUUUUGAGCUGGCCGGAGUUGGCACAAAAAAGACUGGAAAAACAAGGCAAUAAUAAUUUCAAGGGUCAGGUAAUUUGGGCUGAUAAGACAGGCGGUUACGGUGAACAUUACUGGGACCUUGCUCAAGGAGCUCUGUGA